UGUGGCUAGCGAGAGAAAUAGGAAUUUCACCUUAAAAUUUAAAUACUAAUAUUAUUUUUCCCCAUUAAAUCUGCGAGCCGAACAAUUAAAACAAGAAAAAGAAAAUAAAAAAUUCCGCUGUCAAUCGUUUCUUCUCCAAUUUUUAAUUUUUUUUUUUCAUUUUCUUUCUCUUUCUGACCCUAUUUCAGUUUCCAUGUUAUAUGUUACGAGUACUUAUCCAUAUCGUGGUUAUUGAUAGAGAAACAAAAUAAUUGAAGACAUUCAGGACAAUGGCUGUUCAAGCCAUCGCUACCGAUGGCGGCGGAGGCAGCGUUGAUAUUGGACCGGCGUCCGGAGCGUCAUCUCCGAAGAAUAGAAUAAAGUUUUUGUGUAGCUAUGGCGGGAAAAUAUUGCCGAGACCCACCGAUGGCCACCUCAAGUACGUCGGCGGCGAUACACGUGUUAUUGCCGUUCCAAGAGAUAUUACCUACACAGAGUUAAUGAAGAAGCUUAGAUCAGAAUUUGACGGGGACGUGGUCCUGAAGUAUCAGGUAAUGCCUGAAGAUCUUGAUGUCUUGGUAUCUGUAAGAACUAAUGAGGAUUUGAAGCACAUGCUUGAUGAAUAUGACCGCCAUGAAAGUGAAGGAAUUGCAAAGCUUCGAGCAUUCCUCUUCCCUUCCACUCCUAUUGUACUUGAGAAUCUAAGUACCCCCACAGAUCCUCAUGCUAUGGAACAUUGUUACAUUAAUGCCAUCAAUAACACAGUUCGAACACUAGCCAAUUUAAAACCUCCCCUUGUCAAUUCAAAUCGCACCUCAUUUAGCAUAUCUGCCUGCACAUCUCCAAAAACCGGUUCCCCUGAAGGCAGCAUGGUUGAUGGCAUCCCUCAUGAAACCCUUGUCAUAAAUACCUAUCAUAAUAAUAGGUUUCCUAUUCAUAAAGUACAUAGCUCUCCUAGUCUUUACAGCCUCAACAACAAUGCCUCUCACCAGCAAAGCAAUCACCAUUUCUAUCAGCAUCAUCACCAAUAUUAUCAACAUCAACAACAGCAACACCAUCCGCAUGGCUAUCAAUCUUCUAGACCACCUCAUGAGCCUCGAAGACUGACACCAAGUUCUUCAUUUGCACGGCCAGACGUUGGGAGAUCCUCAGCCCCUAUUAUUCCUAUGAAUCAAUACUACACAAACAUGCAAAAUAUGGGGAACUUAAAUAUGCACGGUAAUUGGAGCUCAAAUGGGCAUAAUAUGGGGAUUGGAAACUCUGGUAAUAAACACGGGCACUAUGAUAGUCGUCCGCCAAGUCCUGGGAAUAAAGUUAUGGAGUAGACCAUGAGAUAGAAUCGGAUAUGAGAUACAGUUCAUUAGUAGCUGACUUGAAGUGCUCAAAAGGGGGGAUAGAAGAUUAUUUGUUUGGGCUUCUUCUUCACUCUAUACAUGCUCUUUAUAUUAUGUCCCUAGACAUAAAGAAAAAGAAGACAUAUAGUUACCUUUUGAUAUGGUGUCUUAUAUGGCUGUGUUCUGGUUUUGUGAAGUUUUAAUGUCAGUUGUGAAGGAACCAUAAAAGCUUUACAGGGUUAAAGAAGCUAUAGUUUAUUACCUUUGAAGUAAAAGUGUUUGCACUUGUGUAAAAAUAGUUUAGGGGAUCUUUUUCUUUUGAUAUUUUAAUACUCUACUGGACAUUAUCUAUAUGGUUUUUAAGGGUUCUUUAUGCUGUGUGGAGUAAUUUGCAGAAAGCAAAAAUUAAAUAUUACUCAAUAAGCCAAUGUUUCCGUUCCA